CACCGUAGGUCAGAGACUAACACAAUUUUGAUUUUUUUGUCUGGCACACAUUUUUGUAUCGACGAUAAAGCUGACUUUGAUUUUGACUAUAGUCCAAUAUGAUCACAGUCCAAGGAUGUAGUGGUAGACGGGGUUAUGGGGUCGCUUCUCAAUGCCUCCCGGUUUGAAUCCCUGAGCAAUAGCUUUCACACCUACCUGCUGCUUAACAACAUGUUACUGAAUUGGGCAUCAAUUGCUUUGGGAUGAACUCCCCGCUAAAUGACUACACGGUAAGAGGCUUUUGACCCCGGAGGAAAUGGUUCCCUUUGGGGGGCGCUGGGGUUCCCCUCCUUGGGGUCGGGACCCCACUUGGGUUACCCUGAUACGCAUACCGGGUCGAGAGGAGAUUGUUGACACAGGCUACAGAUAUUUGAUGAGCUAGAAAAGGGGUCAUGGGCCGAGUCUGUUUACCCAGAGAUAUAACCCUAGCCCUGGCUGAUUGCUGCCUACUAUAACAAACACUUUCUGGCCCGAGCGAGCGCGGAGCCAAACCAUCUCAACAGGCAUGAGGGACCCAUGAUGGGGUUUAGACAUGGUAAUGCCCAACGACAGCAGGACCCCCCUCCCACCCCCCAAACCCCCCAGCCUCUCGAUAAAUAUCCAUGGAGAAAGGAUCAAUGAAGUGUCCACAGUAUGCCGGGGGAAUGCCAGUCUUUACCUCCUCUCGACGCAAGACUAUGGAGUGAUAUUUGGAGUUAAUUAACGAGGGCUCUUUGAGAAACAGCGGAAGGUGGAGAUGUUUUGAACAACCUUUAAACUUUUUUAGACGUCGGAACCAAAAACUAUUGAAAUGUUUAAGUAAAGUUAUAUGAUCAAAUUGAGUAGUAUACUUGUUAUACUUAUGCUUUGUAUUUCUCCGUACUGUAUGCACAUACAAUACUUUAGGGCCUACAAAAAACACUUUAACUUAUACAAGCUGUUUAUAAUUAUUUGUUCCCUCCCACUCCUUGAGAGGGAAAACUCAGUUACGUGUGUUUUUCCGUUUUCUGAUUAUCCUCAGAAAUGUGUGUAUAAAACACAACAAUAAACAUACUGUUUUUGUCAUUCCUAUACACAUAUUUAAACGGAGUUCCCCUAACAGACUACGUUUCCCAGCAUGCUUUGCGUUUUCUUUCCUCCGCAUACCUUGGGGCCGAGGACCAAUGGGGAGCCGCGCGCCGUCGGGUACCGUGGAGGCGCGAGCAUCAGGGCUCGCGAGCAGCAGCGGCAGAAGCAGCGCGAGCCACAAAGUUUCCUCGGAGGAAUGGGAAAGUUCGAGACCCGCGGACUUCUACUACACUUUAAAGGGAUUUGAAUCCAAAACAACCAACAAGGAACUGGACACAAGGAUACCCGGCGCCCGAGCCACUCAACCGCGCGUUUUAAUUCGGGAUUGGAACUUUUAUUUCGGAUUAGUUUGCGCUUUUUUUCUUCUAAUAGAAAAAAAAGAAACGAGGGGGUUCGAACCGAGCAUGUCCCCCCGCUGCUCCGAGGCACGGCGGGCCGGCCCGGUGCUCCUCCUCCUGCUGCUGAUCACUGUACAACCGGGUGUUGGAUACCCGGAGGACUCGAGGGAGGCAUGCCCGCCGCGGUGCACAUGCUCCGGGGAGCUUGUGGACUGCAGCCGGGUGAGAAAGGGACAAAUCCCGGAGACCCUCCCGGAGUGGACCGUACAACUGGACCUGAGCCACAACAAAUUGCAGGUGCUGCCUGCCUCUUUGUUUUCCAGCCUACCACAUUUGAAGGAAAUAAAGCUCAACAACAACGAGCUGGAGAGAAUACCGGACUUCGGACCGUGCGCUUUGAACAUCACCACGCUGGUUCUAGCAAACAACCGGAUCAGCCGGAUCGCGCCCGGCCAGCUGCAGCCCCUGCUGGCCCUGCAGACCCUGGACCUCAGCAGCAACAACAUGGUGGACAUCCGGCCCGACUCCUUCCCCCUGCUGACGCUCAGGAACCUCAUCCUGAACUCCAACAGAAUCUCUGUCCUGGAGCCGGGGUGCUUCGUGAACCUCUCCAGCACCCUGCAGGUCCUGAGGCUCAACCGCAACCGCCUGUCCAUCCUCCCCGCCAAGAUCUUCCAGCUGCCAAACCUCCUGCACCUCGAGUUGAGUAGGAACCGGAUCCGCCGGGUGGAGGGCCUGACGUUCCACGGGCUGCACGCGCUGCGCUCGCUCAAGAUGCAGCGCAACGCCAUCAACCGGCUCAUGGACGGGGCCCUCUGGGGCCUCAGCAACAUGGAAGUGCUACACCUGGACUACAACAACCUGACGGAGGUCAGCAAGGGCUGGCUGUACGGCCUGCUCCACCUGGAGCACCUCCACCUGGCCCACAACGCCAUCGUCCGCAUCCGCCCGCACGCCUGGGAGUUCUGCCAGAACCUCCGUCAGCUGGACCUCUCCUCCACCCACCUGGCACGCCUGGAGGAGGCCAGCUUUUCGGGCCUCAGCCUGCUGGACCAGCUCCACCUUGGGAACAACCGCAUCAGCUUCAUCGCCGACGGAGCCUUCAGGGGGCUGUCCCACCUGCAGAUGCUGGAUCUCCAAAACAACGAGAUCUCUUGGACCAUCGAGGAUAUGAACGGGCCCUUCUCCGCGUUGGACAGACUCCGUAAACUGUUCCUACAAGGCAACCACAUCCGCUCGGUCACCAAGAAGUCCUUCUCCGGCCUGGAGACGCUGGAACACCUGGAUCUGAGUGACAACGCCAUCAUGUCCAUCCAAGGCAACGCCUUCUCGCAGAUGAAGAACCUGGAAGAACUGCACCUGAACACGUCCAGCCUGCUGUGCGACUGCCAGAUCAAGUGGCUGGCGACGUGGGUGGCGGCGCAGGCCUUCCUGCCCCUCGACGCCAGCUGCGCCCACCCCCAGAUGCUGAAGGGCAUGAGCCUGUUCUCCGUGGGCCAGGACGACUUCGUGUGUGACGACCUCCCCAAGCCCCAGAUCACCCUGCAGCCCGACACCCAGUCGGCGCUGAAGGGCUCCAACGUGACCUUCGUCUGCUCCGCCGCCUCCUCAAGCUCCUCCCCCAUGACCUUCGCCUGGAAGAAGGACAACGAGGCGCUGGACACGCCGAGGUCCCUCAACCAGGCGCACCUCCGCGCCCAGGGCGGGGCCGGAGGGACGGAGGUGACGGAGGUGACGGAGUACACCACCACACUGCGGCUGCGCGACGUGGACUUCUCCAGCGAGGGCCGCUACCAGUGCGUGAUCUCCAACCACUUCGGCCCGUCGUACUCCAUCAAGGCCAAGCUCACCGUCAACAUCCUGCCCUCCUUCACCAAGACGCCCAUGGACCUGAGCAUCCGUGCGGGCGCCACGGCCCGCCUGGAGUGCGCGGCGGUGGGCCACCCGGCGCCGCAGAUCGCCUGGCAGAAGGACGGCGGCGUGGACUUCCCGGCGGCCCGGGAACGCCGCAUGCACGUGAUGCCGGAGGACGACGUGUUCUCAUCUGACGUGAAGGCGGAGGACGUGGGCGUGUACAGCUGCACCGGGAACACCGCCGGCGCCAUCUCCGCCAACGCCACGCUCACCGUGCUAGAGACGCCGUCCUUCCUGCGGCCGCUGCGGGACCGCACCGUCUCCAAGGGCGCGACGGCCGUGCUGCAGUGCAUCGCGGGCGGCAGCCCCCCGCCGCGCCUCAACUGGACCAAGGACGACGCCCCCCUGCUGGUCACCGAGCGCCACUUCUUCGCCGCCGCCAACCAGUUGCUGAUCGUGGUGGACGCGGCCGAGGGCGACGCGGGCCGCUACACCUGCGAGAUGUCCAACGCGCUGGGCACCGAGCGGGGCGACGUGCGCCUGGCCGUGCUGCCCGCCCCCAACUGCGAGGGCGGGGGCGGGGUCAACGGCGGCGGGGGCGGCGGCGGCGGCGGCCUGGGGAUGGGGGGCGGGGCGGCGGCGGCCGGUGGGUCGGAGGAGGACGGCUGGAACACGGUGGGCAUCGUGGUGAUCGCGGUGGUGUGCUGCGUGGUGGGCACCUCGCUGGUGUGGGUGGUCAUCAUCUACCACACGCGGCGGCGCAGCGAGGACUGCAGCGUCACCAACACAGACGAGACCCACCUGCCGGCGGACAUCCCCAGCUACCUGUCCUCCCAGGGCACGCUGGCGGACCGCCAGGAGGGGUACAUCUCCUCGGAGAGCGGCAGAAGCCACCAGUACCUGGCCUCCUCCCUCAGCGGAUACUACCUGCAGCACAAGGACAUGAACGGUCUGUGCCACGCCGACACAGGAAGUGAUGCAGACUUGGAGGCGGCCCUAGACCCCCUGCUGUGCCACUACCAGGGGCCAAUCGGCUCGCUUCUCCGCCGGGAGCACAUGCUUCCCCUGGACCAAUCAGAGGCCUUCACAGGAUGUAGUCUGGACCAGAGGCCGACGCUGGGGGACUCCUACAGCCUGGGCUCGUCCAAGUGCCGGGAGUACUACCCGUGCGGGGGGGUCCCGUCGGACCACUACGACCACCCCUCUCCCGGCGUCCUGAUGCAGCUGCCCAGCACCACGCUACACUUUGGGGUACCUCCCCCGUACCCGGGUGGAGAGAACCGUCCAUCGUCCGCGGACGGAGAGAGCGGGACGGAUUACGGCCGGCCCCACGAAAGAGCGACGCCCACCAAUACCUUCAUGGUGGGAACGUUUGGGAAAACUCCUCGGAAGCCGAAAACGGAGCCGGAUCCCGGGUUGGGACCCGGACCCCGAGGACCCCCGACCCCGAGCAGAACCCUGACGCGUCCCGAAAACACGUACACAUCGCUGGACGCAGACUCGGAACGUGAAGACAGCGUCCGGUCGCGGUCCGACUCGGGUUCGGACGGAAACUCGGGCGUUUACGAACAGCCGUUCGACGCGCCCCGCUUCGUCUUCCCGCCGCCGCCGCCGUCGAGCACGUAGCUCGAAUAGUUGAGACGGAAAGUUCGGGAUCUUUUUUUUUCAUGAAGAGGAUAAAAAAAAAUGAAAAACGAACAAACGUUAAUGUGUACCUUCUACCUCAGUGAAAAGACACUCCUGGAUUCAACGAGACAAGAGACAAAUUUGGGAAAACCAAAAAACCAAAAAAACGCGAAAAAGUGAAUGUAAAGAUCAAUCCGUUCUGACGUGAAACGGGACGGGAGAAAACGCCAUUGACCGAUCCAACGGAAAUCACAGAUUAUAGAUUUUAUAUAGACCCUUUUUUAUACAAAGUUUUAUUAUAUUUUGUAAAUUGAUUGUGUACAAAACAGAUGCCGUUAUUUUGCUUACCUUUUUUGUCCUUUUCUUAUUUUGGUCGUAUUAUUUUGUGUACUUUGGGAAAAGUGUUGUUCCAUGUUCCCUAAGCCUCCCAGGCUUGAGAUCUGCUCCGAGUGAAGCGCUGUUGUUUUUGCACAUACCCGCCAAAACAUAAUAAAAGGAAAAAUAAAAUAAA